AUAACUCAUUUAUACAAAGUAAUAAUUUAUCGCGAAAAGGAGUUGCGCGGGCUACGCCAAAAUGGCGGAACUGUGCAUUCGUUUUCUAAGAAGCUUUAAACAGGCGGAGUUUUGACUAAUAACCGCUUCUUAGACGUGUAUAGUUAUUAUCAGCACCAUUGAAUAUUAAAUCACUCUCUCGCUGGAGUUGGCUACUUUUUGCCCACUAUGAAAAUGGCGACAACUGGCGGAAGAAUGGGAGCCUGGUCACGUGACACAGUCCUUUGACCCGCAUUUGGAAGCUUAGGGAAUCUGGUAGUAAUGUAGCUUGGGCUGGCUGCGCAAGGAGUCCAGACUUCCGCCUCGUUCUUCUGCUAUGUAUGGUAUAAAGACGCGUGAUUACUGACCGACAUCAUGGCUUCAGUGAGUGAAGAUGAGGAGUGCUCGCCGCUUCUGCAGUCAUCGGCACCGGACCCGGGCAUUGUCAUUGAAACUCAAGAUCAGAACAAAAGCAGAUGGUGGUCCAUCAGGGUCAUGUACCUUACCAUGUUUCUCAGCAGUGUAGGCUUUUCUAUUGUGAUGACCUCAAUUUGGCCAUAUCUGAAAAAGAUUGACUCAAGUGCUGAUGCAAGUUUCCUUGGCUGGGUGAUCGCUUCAUACAGUUUGGGUCAGAUGAUUGCCUCACCCUUGUUUGGUUUGUGGUCUAAUCAUAGGCCACGAAGAGAGCCUCUAGUUGUCUCCAUCUCCAUACUGGUGGCAGCCAGCUGUCUUUAUGCCUAUGUACAUGUUCCUGCCAGUCACAACAAGUAUUACAUGCUUGCCGCCCGUGCCCUGGUUGGCUUCGGAUCAGGCAACGUUGCUGUUGUUAGAUCGUAUGUUGCUGGUGCAACUUCCAUUUCUGAAAGGACGGGUGCAAUGGCAAACAUAAGUGCAUUCCAAGCUCUAGGAUUUAUCUUGGGCCCUGCAUUCCAGGCUGCCUUUACUCUGAUUGGAGAACAGGGUGUAACCUUCGCUGCUAUUGAUCUCCAGCUGAACAUGUACACCACCCCAUCGCUCAUGGGGGCGUUCCUUGGCAUUGUGAACAUCAUUCUGAUCUUUAUUAUAUUCAGAGAACACAGAGUGGAUGACCUGGGAAGGCACAUGGGAAAUAUAAACUAUGAGCCUGAAGAGUUGAAUUCACAGGAAGAAAGUGAAGAGGUCAUUGAUCGAGUGGCAGUUGUCUCAUCAAAUGUUUUGUUCUUUGUAACUUUGUUUGUAUUUGCUAUUUUUGAAACAAUUGCAACCCCACUAACGAUGGACAUGUUUGCAUGGAGCAGAACACAGGCAGUGUUUUAUAAUGGAAUUAUCUUGGCUGCUAUUGGUGUGGAAUCAGUGUUUGUAUUCAUUACAGUUAAAUUGCUUUCUAAAAAGACUGGAGAUCGUAUUUGGCUUGUCGCUGGACUGGCUGUUAUUUGGGCCGGGUUCUUUGUCUUGUUGCCUUGGGGAAACCAAUACCCAAAGAUACAGUGGGCAGACAUUGAAAACACAACCAUUCAUAACUCAAGCUCCUGGGAUUUAAGUUUUGUGAUGUCCAGCAAUCAUACUUCAGAGCCAACUGGUUGUCCUGCAACUCAGUCCUGGUGCUUUUACACACCUGUAAUCCACCUUGCGCAGUAUCUUACAUCUAAUAUUUUGAUUGGUUUUGGCUAUCCGGUCUGUAAUGUCAUGACUUACACCUUGUACUCAAAAAUCAUAGGCCCCAAACCACAGGGUUUAUAUAUGGGCUGGUUGACUGCAGCUGGCAGUGCCGCUCGGACCUUAGGACCAGUAUUUGUCAGUGAGACCUACACACACCUUGGACCUCGAUGGACCUACAGUCUAAUAUGUGGAAUAGUGACAAUAUCUCUGCUACACUUGGCAGCAGUUUACAAAAGACUUAUUGCUUUUUCUGUUCGAUACGGAAAACUCUAGCAGUAAUUGGCUGUAUCAGCAGUAAAGAUUUAACGUGCACUACACUGGAUUUAAAACAGUUUUUAAAAGCGGAUAAUCUUAUUAUUUUUUAUAAGGGGGGAGCAAACUACCAGGAAUACUAAUUUUGGAGAAACAGCAUAACAUUUGCAUAACUAGCAUUUCUGAAAAUGCUGAAGGACAACUUCCAAAUGUCUUGACUAGCUUAAAACUAAUCUUCUCUCUUCUAGCUGUAAGUGGAAAGGGCAGCCCUCAUCUGUUCUGGGGCACCAUGCAGGCCUCGCCAUGUUCAUGUUCUCCAUGUUAAGUGGUAUUAAAUUCAAACAUGUUUUUUUUUGUAUAAUCAGAAAUUCAAACAUGUUUUGCUUAAAUCAGAUAAAAAUAACUUGAACAUUUUAAGCAUUUGAAUAUAUUUUUUUCCUCCUUUUGA